AUGCCGACCUGGAACCCGUUUAGAGAUCGUAAAGAGAUACACACUGGUCUACACCUGCCGGAAGAAAAUGUUCGACCUCUGUCGCAGAAUGGCACACGACCGGGCUUUGAAAAGGUCGACACGACCGGAUCGAAGUCGUCUUCCGCGAUGAGCAUCAGCUCAAAGAAGAGCCAGGAGCCCGUAGAAUACAAGAUGAGCGUUGUGAAUGAUAGCGGACCGUCGCCUCCGGAAAAGAAAGGUUUCUGGCCACGGCGUCCUAAUCCUAUGGCGGGGUCGAAUGAAAGCGAGACUGAGAUCGAGCAUUUCCCGAUAUCAAGAGAAUCAUUUGAUUCCUACAGAAGAUCUUUUGACAUAUCGGCUAGAUCCCCAGUUGCUACAUAUGACAAUGGAAGACAAAGUCUCGACUCGGCGAGGAUACCAAGGUUGCCUCGGUCCGCCAUGAACGAGCGCAGAUUUGAGAGGCAACCUCCAACCGCAGAAGAAGGCUUUGAGGAUGUUGGGCUCAACGACGAUCAAGCCAAGCACGCAAAGAAAAAGGGGUUCUUUUCAAAAUUUGCUGACUCGGAUAACAACUCUUUGUCGCCCACUACAUCGAGAUUUCAUCUUCCCGGAAGGAAGAGGGGGCAAAGUGGAACGGGGGAAGAAUUAGGAAAUAUGCAACGACCUGGGACGUCAACUUCUUCAAAAGAUAAGGAAAUACCCGAGCAAGAGGCGACUUGA